CGUCGGAAAGAAGGAGGAUGAUUGACUGUUGAGAGCGAAGUCAAGGUCGUUCCAAGGGUUCGGACAGUCCCGGUGUGGAGACCAAGGCUGUGAUUUUAAUUUUCCUAGCCUUGAUUCGGACUCUCGCGUGGCGGGCGGAUCGACAUUCGAAGAAUCGGUUCAUUGAAUCGACGAUAGGCUACUCAAGGCUUGUUUGCCAUCCUCUCGAAACACGCUACAACGAUGGACCAGGUGAUCCGGAUCCUCAAGGCCCACAAGGGCCAGAUCAUCCGGUAUGGGAAGAAGGCAUUCAAGUGGUUCCAGAAUCGCCAGAAGCAGCAGCAGCAGCAGCAAGGCGGAGGAGCAGGCGGCGGUGGUGGUGGAUAUGCAGGGGCCGCCGGCGGAGGAUACCCUCAGCAAAAUCAGCAGCAGCAGCAGCAAUACUAUGGUGGACCGGGUGGGGGAGGAGGAUAUCAGCAGCAGCAGCAGUACUAUGGCGGAGCUGGUGGGUACGAUCAUCCACCUCCUCAGGGCCAGUACGGGCACUCUCCUGGUGCUUUCAAUCCCCCUUCUACUGGUGUCAAGCCGAAUCACGGACGCUACAACGACAACGAGGUGAACCAAAAGAACGAGCACUACCGCCAGCUUCGAGCCCAGGCCCACUCCGAGGGCGAUAAGAUGGCAAAGUGCUUCGACGACUCACACAAGGCCUAUGCGAGCGGCGAUGGAAGCAGGGCAAAGCAGCUGAGCAACGAGGGCCACGAGCACAAGAGGAGGAUGGAACAAGCCAACGGCGAGGCUGCUGACUGGAUCUUCAAGGCAAACAACGAGGACUCUGGUCCGGACGAGAUUGAUCUUCACGGCUUGUACACUCAGGAGGCUAUUGAUCGCACCGAGCAGGCCGUCCGCCAGUUCCAGAGCCAGGGCAAGCCAACGAUGCGCGUCAUCGUCGGCAAGGGCAUCCACUCCAAGGACCACGUCGCCCACAUCAAGCCGGCCAUCGAGAAGCUCAUGCGCGACAACAACAUCUCGGCUGCUCUGGACCCCCACAACGCCGGCGUCCUCGUUGUCCACCUUCAGGGAGGCGGCAACGUUGGCGACGCUGGCUUCACCAGGGACCUGGCAAAGGGCGCUACCGGCAAGGAUGAUGAGUGCACCAUCAUGUAGAUUUCUGCUCUACGCUGUCGUUGCUUUCUAGGAACAGUCUUGUCUUCAUUGCUCUAAUAACCUAUCAAUGUCCCUC